GGCGCGCUGCCCGCCGGGCCCCGCCGCUCGCCGGGGCAGGAAGCGGAGGCGGCGUGGGGGGCUCGGGGCGCCGUUCCCUCCCUCAGGUGUGCGCGGGAGGCGGCGCGGACCUGUCUUCCCCUGAGAAGGCGGGCGAGAAGCCCUCUUCGCCCCACUUCCUGCUAGCGGGAGGGGGAGAGCUUCCCCCCUCGGUGCCAGCACGCCUCCGGGGCUGCUCUGGCGGUGUGAGGGGAGCGGGGCCUCUGUGGCGCCUGGCAGGUUGUAGCUGUGGAGGUCUGGCCCUGGAGAUCCUAGCGAGCUCCUUCACUGUCCUCUUUCGACUCCCUCAGCCUCCGUGAGAGUUUCGCAGCCCGCAGGUAGGGAGCUCACCUCCGAAAGUCAGUGUAGAUGGAGCUGCUUGGGGUCUUCUCUCGUUACUAAAACCGUCUGAGAAACAACUUUCCUUUAAAAAGCUGUUCCUGAAGCCUUAGGAACGCAGCCGUGGUGAGAGCGGGUCAUCCUAAAUCCGGUUGAGCUGAUGUGCUCUGGAAUGAGAUUCAUUUGAAGAGCCAGAAAAGGGGAAUCCUCCUCCAGACUGCGUUUCUAAGUGGGAGGGAAAAAAACUUACCUUUGGCCAUGAUAGAUCCUUUAGAGAACAACUUGUUUGAUCUUCCUGAUUAUGAGAAUACAGAAGACGAAACGUUCCCACCUCUUCCACCUCCUGCCUCUCCAGGAAGAGAUGAUGUUGAAUGGGCUCAAGCUAAUGGAGAUGGAAACCAGCAGUCACAAACAAAGGAUUCUGCUGUAGCUACACGGAAAGCAGUUAAAAGACCAAUGCCUAAACUAGAUGCCCAGAGGUUAGUUUCAGAAAGAGGACUUCCGGCGCUAAGACACAUGUUUGAUAACGUAAAGUUCAAGGGUAAAGGGCAUGAGGCAGAGGACCUGAAGACACUCAUACGACAUAUGGAACACUGGGCUCAUAGACUAUUUCCAAAAUUGCAGUUUGAGGAUUUUAUUGACAGAGUAGAGUGUUUGGGAAACAAAAAGGAAGUUCAGACCUGCCUAAAGCGGAUUAGACUUGAUCUUCCUAUUUUACAUGAAGACUUUGCAAGUAAUGAAGAUGGUGGAGGGGAAAGCAAUGGACUGGAUACAGCCACUGAAGAUAUACAUUCUGGCUCUGGAAAUGCAGAACAAAUCAAUUCUCUGUCUGGUACAACUCUCACGGAAGAGCAACAGCAGCGAAUCAAGAAGAACAGGCAGCUGGCCUUGGAACGUAGGCAAGCAAAGAUGCAGUGUAACAGCCAGUUGCAACACAAUGAGCUGUCCACUACUUACUCAGAAGAGGAGUUUAAUACCCCAGUUGCUCAGGAUCCCACUGACCUUAUUGAAGACACUCAAAUUACCACAACCGAGGUUGCUGUUACAGAAGUUGAAGAUGGAGAUACGGAAUUGGAAUGUGCCAGUGAGGAGCAGUAACCCUUCCCUAUACUUUGAACAACUUCCUUGACUGAAAGACCCCAAGGUUUUCAGUACUAUCAUUGCAUUGAAAUGUUGCUGGCUCUUUGCACUCUGACUCUAGAAGCUUCGCAGAAGUCUUCCACAUGACGUGGGUAUAGUGGGACAGAACUCUUCUCUUGAAACUGCAGAUGAGCAACUCCAUACACCAGAAAACUGAACAAAGUUCUUCAUCUGCAUUUGAGACAUCUUUUCCACCUCCUCCAACAUUCUUUAGGAAAUGUUAAUGAUUUUUUUGACCUACUUUGAAUUUCGUUUACAAUUGAUGUCAAACUGAAUUAACUGGGAUAUUGACAGGUGAAAUUUCUAUUAACGUUGUGCUGGGUUUUUUUAAUAGAAGAUAUAUACAAUAGCAGGUGGUGCUAUGUCUGAACAGGUGUCCUGGAUUUUUUUUAAACUUGCUUAUAAAGUUCUUAUAAGCUUUUUCUUAUAAAACGGAAGCUAUUAAAUUUCAGAAGUCAAACCUGAAAUGCUUGUAUGAGGCUCUUACAGCUACAGGCCCUCCAACCUUCCCCAUUCCUUGUGCUAGUCACACAUCUCUUCACAGACAAGUACAUCCCCUUAGGGGAACAUGCUUUGGCUCUGACGAAAUCAGUUACCUUCCUUUGGCUGAGUCUGUUCUCUGUCUCAAGGCUCUGUUUCAUCCUCUUACAGUCUUGUUUCUCCUUCUUCCACAACAGCUUUUCCCUUUUGCAGCAUGAUUGAGAAUCGCCAUAACGGUAAAGCCCUGAGCCUGCCCUCUCCCAUAGCAUAGGGGAGACUGUUGUUCGUAACAGAAACUGCAUUUCUAGAAACUGAAUUAACACAAGAGCAGCACUUAGAGCAGAUGAAAUAAGUUCAUGUCAACAGGUGUUAUUAUUUUAUGCCAGAUGGGCAGCUGGGGGAUUUCAAGAAACAGAAUUCUGUAUCCUAGAUUAGUGUGAAGGAGUUUGCUUUUUAUAUCCUUGCAGCUAUGAGCUAAACUCACUAAACUUUAGUGGAAGAUAGCCAACAGCUGUAGGAAAUACUUGGGUUUUAAGAACUUAAUUUAUGGACAACAUGGGAAAGUUACUUUUUGAAUGAUAGUUAAAAGAAUUCACCACACUGUCUUUAGUCUGGAAGAUGAGAUUUAUCAUGUAUAAAAUCUUGUAAAAACUCAUACAUGUUCAUAACCAGAUAAAAAUAACGUUUAUUUAAAAUAGACAUUUAGUUUCUUAUUAAAAGGACUCUUGAAUAUUUAAAUAGACUGCUUUUUUAAAAAAGAAAAAUCAUACAAAGUGAAUAGGAGCAGAACAUCAAGAAGCAGAUAUUGCUAGCUUAUAGUUCAAGUUCUAAUGUCAGCUGAAACAUCUAAUAGUGCCAAAUCCUUAAUCUCCUCCAGCAGCUGGUAUAAGCUUGCUCCCUUGGUCUGGCAGUACUCCCGAUAGUCUUCAUCAAUUACUUCAACUCCUGCUUUUUCUUGGGCAUGCUGGGCUUCUUCUGCAGACUGACUGACUUCUGCUAAGUCAGAUUUCACCACAUGAAAAUUCUGGGAAACCUCUGUGUCUGAAGUCUGGUACGGUGUGUUCCUGAUGAUUUCAAGCUUGAUUGUAUCAGCAUGGCAGCGGGAAGUCUGCACAUGUAUUUUCACCUUAAAAGCAAUACAAAAAUUAUUAUUUCUGA